AUGGAAAGCAGAUUUUACAAUUACGGUGAUCUAACAAGUUAUAACCCAUAUGCAACAUCAUAUGGAUUACAGAAUACACAAGGAGAUGGAGGAUUUCUUGGGGGGAAUUAUGGGAGUCAAGGCGUUGGGGAAUUGAACCAGUCGUCUGUUAAGCGUUCAAGUGGAAAUACACUUCGUCCUGUUACAAUUAAACAAAUUCUUGAGGCAUCUCAGCAGCAUCCUGAUGCAGAAUUUAAGAUUGAUGGAGUGGAAAUUGGUCAGCUUAGUUUUGUUGCAGUUGUGCGUAAUAUUUCUAUUCAAUCGACUAACAUUACAUAUCGCAUGGAAGAUGGAACAGGUUUAAUUGAAGUUAAACAAUGGCUAGAAAUGGAGGCCAUUAUGGAUGACAAUCCUAAAAAAAAUACAGAUAUUGUUCCAGAUACAUAUGUUCGAGUUAUUGGGCAAUUAAAAGCGUUUAACAAUAAGCGGCACAUUGGUGCACAUCAUAUUCGUUUGAUAACAGAUUUAAAUGAAGUUCAAUAUCAUUUUUUAGAAGCGAUUGCAAUUCAUUUAUAUUUUACAAGAGGACCUCUUCAGAAUGGUGUUUUUUCAAAAAAUCAUACUUCUGUUGAUGGCAACAUGUCACAUUAUGAUUUUCAGGAUUCUAUAAGUAUGAAGGGCGCCUUGAAUGCUCAAAUUGCUCUCCAUAAUCUUUCUCCUUAUCUUCAAAAAGUGAUGGCGGCUGUCCAUGCUGCUCCUGAUACUAAUGAAGGCGUCAACAUUCACCAACUUUCCAAGGCUAUAGGUGGGGGAAACAUAGAGCAAGCAAUUGAAGAACUAACAAGUGAUGGCUUAUUAUAUACAACUAUUGAUGAUGAACAUGUAAAAAGUACAAUUCAAGUAUAG